AUGACGAUUGAUUCUCCAGAUUCAGAAUUAGGAGUCAGGUUUCGACCCACUGAUGAACAACUUAUUCGCUAUUUAAUCAAAUGUGUUGCUUCUAAAAAUUACGUUUGCAACGAUAUUGAAUUUGAAGAUCUUUACGGCGGGAGUAAGAAGCCAUGGGAGUUAUUGGAAGACUCAUCAGAUACUAAAUAUUUCUUUACUAAAUUAAAGAAGUUAGAACCGCACCAUACAAGGUUUAUUCGGACUUUGAUUGGAGGAGGAAGUUGGAAAGGGAAGGGCAAAGGAAAACCGGUAGGUGCAAAGAAAGUUGGGAUAAAAAAAACUUGUAACUAUGAAGAAAAUAAAAAGGACGGUAAGGAUGAAGUUAAUGAUGUUUCUUGGAUCAUGAAAGAGUAUAGUCUUGACGACAAGGUUAUAAAGCUGCUAACAAAUAGAGGUAUAAUGAAGCACGAGGAUGUUGUUUUGUGCUACAUUAGGUGUAAAGUUAAAGAAUCAGGAAAUCAUAUGCCUACAACAACUGUCAGUGAAAACGAUGAUGAUACACAACCCCAGGGGCCUAUCUGCACUGAUGAAUCAGUAAAUCAUAUGCCUACAACAACUGCCCAUGAAAACGACAAUGAUGAUGAUGAUAAACAACCCCAGGGGCAUAAUGAAUCUGGAUAUGGUGAUCAACUUCCUCAACAGAUGGUGAAGUCAUUGCAAAAUAUUGAAUCAGGAUAUGUUGGAUGUGAUGAUGAGAAGAUGAACGAUAUGACAACACAACCCCAGUGGCCUAAUGAAUCAGGAUAUGGUGAUCAACUCCAGUUAUCAACAUAUCAGGAAGAGCAAGUGCAGAAUGUUGAAGAGACAACAGGUAGUGCAUCAUCAGAUUAUCAGGUUGACCCAACAUUCACUGGUGUUUUAAACAACGAUGAGUGCUUAUUAAUAGAUGAAUUAGGUGAUUUUGAUAACUUUAUGGGAGAAAACCAGGAAUGGCUAUCUGAGUUGGUUUCUUAG